CGAUUGCCUGUUCAGAGCAGGCAUCCUCCGUGUCCUUUAUCCUCGCUGAAAGGAUUUACUCUUAUGUCUUACGUAUGUAUGCACGCUGCCCCGGUGAGGUCUGCUUGGAGUAGUCCGGUCAUUGGCAGUGCAAGUUCCAGCGCACUGGGUGUGUUGUUGAGGUCCUUGGUAUUGCCGUGCCCGUUUGUCGCCAGACGGAGCAGGAAAAUCUACUGGGGGACUAAUCCAGGAACACUGUUUGCAAUGCCUCAGUCAAAGUCUCAAGACAUGGGCUCUGCCUUCAUCCAGACACAGCAGCUCAACGCUGCCAUGGCCGACACGUUCCUUGAACACUUGUGCCUGCUGGACAUCGACUCUGAGCCCACCACUGCGCGCAACACUGGCAUCAUCUGCACCAUUGGGCCGGCUUCCCGAUCUGUGGACCUGCUGAAGGAGAUGAUCAAGUCCGGAAUGAACAUUGCUCGCUUGAACUUCUCACACGGCACGCAUGAGUACCACGCACAGACCAUCAAGAAUGUCCGUGAGGCGUGUGAGAGCUUUGAGCCCGGCAGUAUCCAGUACAGGCCUAUUGGCAUCGCUCUGGACACCAAGGGCCCAGAGAUCAGGACUGGCCUCAUCCAAGGAAGUGGCACUGCUGAGGUGGAGCUGGUGAAAGGCAAUAUCAUCAAGAUUACGUUGGACGAUGCCUACCAGGAGAACUGCAGUGACGAGAUCCUCUGGCUCGACUACAAGAAUAUUACCAAUGUGGUAGAAAUCGGCAGCAAAAUCUACAUUGAUGACGGCCUCAUGUCCCUGCAGGUUAAGGAGAUUGGCUCCAAUUUCCUCCUGUGCGAGAUUGAGAAUGGUGGCACCUUGGGCAGUAAGAAGGGAGUGAACCUCCCCGGUGCUGCUGUGGACCUGCCUGCUGUUUCGGAGAAGGACGUCAUGGAUCUGCAGUUCGGCGUGGCGCAGGGAGUCGACAUGGUCUUCGCCUCCUUCAUCCGCAAAGCGGCAGAUGUGCAUGCAGUCAGGGCGGUGCUGGGAGAGAAAGGCAAAGACAUUAAGAUCAUCAGCAAGCUUGAGAACCACGAGGGUGUACGCAGAUUUGAUGAGAUCAUGGAGGCCAGCGACGGCAUCAUGGUUGCUCGUGGUGACCUGGGUAUUGAGAUCCCCACAGAAAAGGUCUUCCUAGCCCAAAAGAUGAUGAUUGGUCGCUGCAACAAAGCUGGAAAGCCAAUUACAUGUGCCACUCAGAUGUUGGAGAGCAUGAUCAAGAAGCCCAGGCCGACCCGCGCUGAGGGCAGUGACGUAGCCAACGCUGUCUUGGACGGAGCCGACUGCAUCAUGCUGAGCGGAGAGACUGCCAAGGGAGACUACCCUCUGGAGGCAGUGCGCACACAGCACAUGAUAGCUCGAGAGGCCGAGGCAGCCGUCUUUCACAGACAGCUGUUCGAGGAGCUGAGGAGACACUCCCAACUGACCAGAGACCCUACAGAGGCUGUCGCUGUCGGAGCUGUCGAGUCCUCCUUUAAAUGCUGUGCUAGUGCCAUCAUUGUUCUCACCAAGACCGGGAGGUCUGCCCACCUGGUCUCGAGGUACCGACCUCGCGCCCCCAUCAUCGCCGUGACCCGUAACGCCCAGACAGCCCGUCAAGCUCACCUGUACCGCGGCAUCUUCCCCGUCAUGUACACUAAUCCCUCCCAUGAUGUGUGGGCAGAGGACGUAGACAUGCGUGUCAACUUUGCCUUGGAUAUGGGCAAAGCUCGUGGCUUCUUCAAAGUGGGAGAUGUUGUCAUCAUCUUGACCGGCUGGCGCCCAGGCUCUGGUUACACCAACACCAUGCGUGUGGUUCCAGUGGUCUAAAUAACCAAUGGGGACUGCUUUGCUUUCUCUUUUCACCUUCAUCCAUCUUUCAGUGUUCCUUACCCCACACUCCAGCUCAUAGCCUUUCACAUCCACUCUCCAGGACCACACAUUCCAACCUCUGAUGAUCAUAUAGGCAAAAAAAUUAAUAAUAAAUUAUAUAUAUAUAUGUAAAGAGAGAGUAUAGUCUUCAGUAUAAUUCCACUCUGUCUCCAUUCCUUUCUCACACCAGUCUUCAGGCCUCGGAUUAAUACACCCAACUACAAAACUGCUGUAUUCAUUCAUUCAUUCAGGCACUUGUAUUGUUCGAAAGUGAAUCAGUUCCAGAGUGAAUGCUUCCUGGUUUUGUGUGCAUGUGCAUACUUGCUCCUAUUAAGGUGGGGUUGCCGGUGGGGGCGGAGUUAUCACAAUAGAGCUCCAUCAAGAGUUUAUUUCUCCCACUCCUCCACCAGCCUGAGAGAACAAAUUUGUCGCAUUCAAAAAUGAGAAGGGCUUCUCCCACAGUGCAACCCCACCUCCCCCUCCACCACAAGCGUAGUGUCGUCUGUGAAGUGUCCUCUCAUAUGCCAGCUUUCACUGUAUUUAAGUGUAUCUGUAAGUGUUGCACUCCUGAUCUACUCCAGACAAUGUUACACUAUAUAUAUAUAUAUAUUAUACUUGACUUUUGUGUCUUGUCUCGGGACAUCCAAUACUACUUAUUUUUGUCUAACUAUAGAGAAAUGUUAGUUUUGGAUGUCCUCUCCAGAGGUGUUUGAGAUAGUUACUGUAUUUGUGUUAUUAAACUUGUCGAGGCUUUUAAAUUUCUUUGCAUUUGGACCAUAUCUCGGUAAGCACUUAAGAAAUUUGUCUGAUAUGAAAGAGCACUUUUAGGUUUGUUUAUUUUCUAGGGGUUACUGGUGCAGGGAUGAAGCUCAUUUCUCCCAGAUUGCUAGAACUCCCAUCAGUGAUCCACUGUAGCUUUCUUUGUGCAUCUAACAUGCGUUUGAUUGUAAUGCUAGAGUCCAACAUCUAACUAAAUGUAAGGGUGUAUUCUAUAAAAUGCCUAGCAGGGGUCCUGAUGUGUCCAACAAGACUGGAUUUCCAUCAAUAAAAGAGAUGAUCACCUACCUUCA